GUGUGAGUUCGCAGCAGGGCCGACAAUGAGUAUGGCAAUAUAUGUAUGUACAUAUGUAGUUCCAGCAGUUCAGGUUCAAUGCUAAAAUCCAUAAAACUUGUCGCCGCUUGGGCUUGCCAGGUAAUUGGCAAAGCGACUAUAAAUGGACUGGUACUUCAGUGCAGCAGCAUUCAUUCUCACAUCGUCUGUACAGUGACAACCAGCACAGAGACCAACAUGAAAUUCUACAUCUUGACCGUAGCCCUCUUGGCCGUUGCCCAGGCCCGUCCGGAUUCCUUCGAUGCCACCGCCGAAAUACGUGAGCUCAAGAGCGACCAAAGGGAGGAUGGCAGCUAUGAGUAUCGCUACCAGACCUCCAAUGGCAUAGCCCAACAGGAGCAGGGCGUGGGUGGCCAGUAUGCGAGCGGCUCAUCGGCAUACUACGAUCCCAACGGCGAGUUGAUCCAAUUGACCUAUACUGCUGAUGAGAAUGGUUUCCAUCCGCAAGGAGCUCAUCUGCCCACACCCCCGCCCAUUCCAGCUGCCAUUCUGAGAUCCCUGGAAUACAUUCGCACCCAUCCGCCAAAGGAGCAGCGACAGGGUCAUGUGCGCUUCUAAGUGAUGAAACCGCAACACUAUUUUAUAGUAUUUUCUUAAUUGUU